UGUGAGAUCCAGAAAGAUGAAGGACCUCAGUGGGCGUAUUAUUGGAGCAUUAACAGUGGAAACCCUACACCAUCCAAUGAAUUCAAGAUCAACACAGAUACUGAGUCCUACAGUGGAGAAUAUCAAUGUUCGGGUAGAAGAAACAAUCAGCUAACAGAAUGGAGUGAUGCCUUCAGACUGCCAGCUUUAUCUGCUAAACCCAAAGCCACAGUAACACCAGAGAAAAUAUUCCUGCCAGCAGGGGGCAGUGUGACACUGACCUGCUCUGUUUUUAACUCUGACGGCUGGAAGUUUGACUGGUUCAGACAAAACUCAGAGUUUUCUACAGCUCAGCUCAUCAGAAACAAUGAACCAGAUGCAGUCCUCAGUGUCUCAGAUGAAGGUGUUUACAGCUGCAGAGGAGGAAGAGGAGAUCCAGUUUUCUACACUGAAUACAGCAAUGAAGUCGACGUUAAAACUGUCUCCAUUUAUGUGACCCUGAAACCCAACUGGCCUCAUAUAUUCAGUGGAGAGACGGUCACUCUGACAUGUGAGAUCAAUGGAGGAGGAGAAACUCAGUGGACGUAUGAGUGGAGGACAAAUGACCAAAACUCUCCAACAUCCAGUGAAUAUAGGAUCAACGACGUUACUGAGUCUGACAGCAGAGAAUACAGCUGUAGAGGAAGAGGAAACCAUCAGUUCACACAAUGGAGUGAUAAUUACUCAUUAACUGUUUCAACUAAUAAACCCAGAGCCACAAUGACAGCAAGACAAACGAUCAUACCAGCAGGGGGCAGUGUAACACUGAGAUGCUCUGUGGACAUCGGUGAUGGUUGGAGGAUUUACUGGUUCAGACAGGAUCCAGAUCAGCCAAUAGGAAACAGUGAUCCAGAUGGAGUCUUCAUCGUCUCAGAUGAAGGUGUUUACAGCUGCAGAGGAGGAAGAGGAGGAAGAGGAGAUCCAGUUUUCUACACUGAAACCAGCAGAGAGGUCACCAUAUGGAAAACUGUUUCCAUUAAACCCACAAUAACCUGGAAACACAACUGGCCUCCGAUAUUCAGUGGAGAGAAAAUCACUCUGAGAUGU